AUGUCCUUGCAACAAGCUGCCCAUCCUUUAACAAUACUCCGUGCUGAUGUCGAACCGAUGGUUCUGGGCUGCGAAUCAGGACUUCGGCGCAGCUCCCUAGCAACGGCUGCUAAGCCGCGCAGUGAUACGAGAAGAAUGAGCUUUUCAUCUUUUCUCCUUGAACGACGCCAAAAGUAUGGAAGAGCGCAUCCAUGGGCGUAUCUACCAUCGCCAUCCCUAUUCACAACUCAUCUUCAGUCUCCGAGUUCUUUCAUUGGGAAUCAGAGAAAAUUCCAUCGGAUGGUAGCUUUCAAUCGCCGUUGUCAUUCAUUGCAUAGAAAUGUAAGCCGUUCACGCAGACAUCGCAUAUUCAUGUGUGACGCAUCAAUGCCAAUUGAUACGAUGGCUGCAGCAGCUGUCGGUGUUGAAGGUGAAGCUAAACAAAAACCAAGAAGAAGCCGCGAACGGGCAACUUGGCAGUUCUUUACUGAGACUGCAAUACAAAUCUCAAUCACAGGUCUGGCAAUUGCGGCCUCUGUUAUAGCAAAAGCGCGUUUCUUUGCGUUUGCAUCGGCAUUUUUGUACCUUCCACAACUUUUUCUAGCCCUACGUCGUUUUCGCCGGGAGCUCGAGGUUGGAAGCUUCGCAGAAAUGGAUUCCCAAGGUACACAGGAAAGGCGGUUGGAGGCCAUGGAAACAAUGGAAGCGAAAGAGAAACAGAUUAAUGAAUCUCUUUUAGCGUCUGCGGCAAUUCGAGGGUCGAUUGGCUCGGAGGUAGACAUGUUGCGGUAUUCCAUUGAACAGAUGGAAAUAUCCACUAUUCAGAGGGAGCAAGCCCGAAAUCGCUCGAUUGCCGAUGCUUUGGCUUCUCUUGAUGAAAGCAUUCGAGCCGUGCGUAGGACUGUUGAAACAAGGAAUCAAAUCGAGAGUGCCGCUCCGUUUGCUCUAGUUGCGGAACUGGAGACUUCUCAGUCAAGGUUGAAGCAGUCAGAGCGUGAGAAAGGUGAGCUGCAAUCUAAAUUGCAGAUUCUCCAAGCCAAUUUUGAGGAGGCCAAGCGCAGUGGAGAACGAGCCCGCAGAGAGGCGGAUGAAGCAACCCAAAAAGAAUUGCUGCUACGGGUGGAGCUUGCUACAGUCACAAGCCGAUUGACACGCCUUGAUGAGAUUACAGAAAGGUUGCAGACGGCCGAGCUUCGAAACGAUGAGCUUCGCGAAGAAGUGGUCAUCAAAUCGAGGGAAGAGGAGAAUUUGCGGCAGUCCGCCGCUGACUCAGAAAAGCGGGUCUUGCGCGUGGAGAACAUUUCGCGUGUACUACGAGAGAAGAUGCAAGGCAUCACCGGCAGAGGCGAGCAUUCAGAACGAAAAAGAAGUCCACAACCAAUAUCACAGACGGAAGCGGAAGCUGAAGAGCAGUUUUGGCAGCGGCGACUUCGCAGCAGCGCUUCAAUCCCUAGACCAGGCUCACUUUUAUACCAAGAGUUACUUGGAAGCCCUUCGGAUGGGAAUUACAACAAAGAGUGGCCAGAUUCUCCGUUAGACGGGGGGGUUCAAGAGAAGAAACGGCAGGCGCAGCUCGAAAACUUGCCUGCAGACGGUGGCUUUGGAGAUGUAAGCACAACUGAGCAGUCUAGCGAAGGGGAUGGUGGUCAGAGUGUAAGUACGGGGCAGCUGCCUGUCCCAGCUGGAGAUGCAAUGUUUUCUUUUUCGAGGGGGGAGUUUGACAGCUCCGGAAAACCCUCUUCUAGAACUUUACCCGCUGCGCCAAGUCAGGAGAAGAAGGUAGAUGGCGAUGGGCCUUCGGACGUACCCACAGCAGAUUUAACGGGGAAGGAAAUUGCAGACCAGGCGGGGCGACUUGAUAUGCUUGAAUACCAAGUUGAUGGAAAAUUGAAAUCUGAGGCUCCAAACGUAACUGAAACAAACCCAGAUAAAGCUUUGGAGGGGAUCAGCAAUUUUGAGAGAAAGCUUGGAGGGGAGCGAGCAAUUUCUGAAACCAUCGAAGCAACAGAACGUACUUCCGAAACAAUGAGAGAUGAGUUUGUUGUCGGAAAGGCUUCAACACCUGACCCUGAGCCAAGCCAGAGUAUCAGCAUAGACGGAUCCACAGGUACGUCUGAUUCAGAUGACUCCUCUACGAACAACCCCGUGAUACCAUCGGGAGGCUCACUUUCCUUGAAGCCUUUGAAAGAAGGGAACCAGAAUGAGUCGAAUCUAUCCGAGAAAAGCAUAGGAGACCAACUGGAGCUUACUCGUUCAUCAACGUUAGAAAAUAAUGUAUCAGACAAAAGCAAUAGCCCUGCUGCUGGAGGAAGCUUGGCUGAUGCCGUUUCAUUUAAUCAAGAUAAUGAAGGAUCUAAUGCGAAGUCCGAGAACGGGGGGGUAAUCCUAUCUCCUGAUGCGGCAGAAUCGCAGAAUGCGAGCACUGAAGAUGUCUUGGAGGGCUCCUCUGACACUGUCACAGGGUCGGUGCAGUCCUUGGAAAUGCCAAAUGCAGGAGGCGCUGUUCUUGAGUCUCGUGAUACUGCUAGUUUCAAUGGGGGCAACUCUGUUUCGCGCAAGGUGUCCAAAACUGAUGAGAAAGCGCAGAUACCUUCAAGUUCGAUGGAAGAGAGUCCGUCAGGGCGGAUCAAAGGAGUAAUAGACGAAGAAAAGCCAGGAGCUGCUGUUACUGACAGCAAAUCCAAUGACGUUACCAAUGGAGACUCUUCAGUAGUUGACAAGGCGGACGAAGCAUCCUUACGAAGUAAUCAAGUUUUUGACCGAAAUCCUCUACAGAGAAAGAGACCUGUUCCGACUCCAAAAGAGCUCGUCGAUUCGGCGAAUGAACUUGUUAAACAAGCACGAAAACGUGGUGUCGCUGUUGCGCAAUCGGACGGUUUGUUUCAGCGCGCUGUAUCCAAGUUGGAAGCCGCGAUGAGCCUAGGAUUUGAAAGGCCCUAUGUUCAGGCAGAGUAUGGUGGUGCGUUGCUCGCAUGGGCCAAGGUUAAUCUCGCUGACCCUGCUUCGUACAAACGCCUGACAAAGGCGCAGCGAUAUUUGUCAGCGAGUUUGCAGACACGUCCAAACGAUGAAGACACUGUUUUCAACACGGCAUUGUGCUUGUGUUUACUCGGGUCAACGAGUGAGCCCCGGCAGGCGAAGGAUUAUUAUUCGAGGGCAUGUGAACUCUACGAUAGAUUACUGGGUCUUAACGGCACUUCAAGAAUCGGUGCGUUCAAUUGCGGGCUGGCCUACAUUUCGCUGGGCAGACUAGCACUGGUUGACGACGAGAUCGAUGAAAAGGCGAGGAUUGGAUAUUUUGAGACAGCGCUCGAGAGAUUUGGAACGGCAAUAGAGCUGAAACCUGGAGAUGGCAAAGCUCAAACAUACUUGGAAGACUGCAAGAGGGAAUUAUCACAGCUGCGUCAAGAAUAG